UUGACAGUGCGGCUAGCUUCGAUAAAGAGCAGCGUUAGAAAUGGCUGACACCAUAGCUGAUACAAGAAGGCUCUUUACCAAGCCUCAGAACCUCAACGACGCGUAUGGACCACCGAGUAACUUUCUAGAGAUUGACGUGAGCAACCCCGAGACAAUCGGGGUUGGAAGGGGCAGACACACAACGUACGAAGUCAGACUGAAGACUAACCUUCCCAUCUUCAAGCUGAAGGAGUCGAGUGUACGGAGACGCUACAGUGACUUUGAGUGGCUCAGGGCAGAGUUGGAGAGGGAGAGCAAGGUUGUUGUGCCACCCCUCCCGGGUAAAGCGCUGAUCCGACAGCUGCCCUUCCGAGGGGAUGAUGGGAUAUUUGAUGACUCUUUCAUAGAGGAGAGGAGACAAGGUCUGGAGCAGUUCCUAAACAAAGUGGCCGGUCACCCUCUGGCCCAGAACGAACGGUGCCUGCACAUGUUUCUACAGGAUGAGUCUGUGGACAAGCACUACACCCCAUCCAAAGUCAGACAAGCUUAAGAAAGAGAGAAUAUGGCGCAGCCAACCUUCCCGCCCGCCCUCAUCUGACUUGGCCCGCCCUCUCAGCCAAGCCCAGACCACUGAAUCCAAAGCGCUCCCUCUCCCUCUUCACUGCUUCUGUUUCUUCUCAGACAAUUAAGAAUUCUAAGAUAAAUCCCCCCACCCAACACCCAUUCCCCAAAUAUAUAUAUAUCGCUCAUUAUCCCCUCUAAGUUACCUCAUCCCCUUUUUAUUUUCCCUCUUUUAAUAGCAGAGAAUGUUCACAACAUCACGUGGUCCCUCGAUGUCUGGAAAUGCCACUAACAUGGGUGUAUAAUUGUAUUUAUCAUUAGCUAUUUGUUGAAUAUAUUCAUUUUUGUAGUAACUUUGAGCAGUUACAUGUAUGCAAAGCUCUUGUCAGACCAACAGCCGCCUCCAUUGUAUCGUCAAUACUGGCAUGUCGCACACUAGUGGGCCAUGAAAUUUAAAAAAUGUCAACCCCACCAAAAAAGGAAGCAUGUGUGUGCGUGUGUGUCCAUGUCCAGCAACCAGCACUUGCCCCGUUAUCACCAUUGCUUUUUCUAGGAUGUCAAUUUACACAGAGGGAACUGCAGUAUUUCUACUAGCUAUUUACGCAUUUUGAGAUUUAUAUACUGCUGUGCCAUUUUUUUUGUUUAUUUUGAAGAUUUUCCAAUAAAAUAGGUGAAAUGUCAA